CUUCUCAAACAAGCUAGCAGAGGACUACCAUCGCCAGAGGCAUGGCUUCCAGAAAUCCAAAUCCCCGACAGCCGCCAAUUCGCGAUUCCCAAAAAGGUUCUGCAUGUGGCAGGGCUCAGCUUUGUCCAGCAUCUCGACUUUCGCUGCGCCAAUCUUGUUGCUUGCUCUCGGGGAUCAAACCCCUGGCAGUCACACCCCGAUCCUCCCUCCCACAGCCAAGGAGCAUCUUGCCUCGAGAAUGCAUACAACGAGGCACCAACCGAAACACCAUCCCAAAGAGCCGGGUCUGCGGGGAUCGAUGACCUUUGACGGUUAUUGAUGAGCUAGUUCAUCGCAAGCAUUCUCGAAACACCCGGCAAAUCAGCCGAUGCUUCUGUUUCGUUUCAAAACGUCUUCAUGAGGAGUCUGUGUGUCGUGUUU